AGUAGCCAGAAGAAGCCAGCUAGCAGCGCGUCGUGCGUGAGCUGAAGGAAUUUAGGAAAGGAAGGAGACAGUAUUUUCUCUCUCCUCAUUCGUCAUUCUCAUUCUCAUUCUCUUCUUCGAGAAUUUCUCUACCGGUAACGGACGACAAUGCACUUGCACUGUGCAAGAGGAGAGGAAUGAGAAUUUGAAAAACAUUGAGUAAGGAGGGAAAAUAUGACAAAAGAUUGAAGUAAUUACAACAAUAAUCCUUCUGGUUGAGAAUUGCCUGUUUGUUUAUCAACUAACACUUUUUUCAUAUUAAAUGGAAGUAUAGUUGAGUUAACUUACAACAAACAUGAGUAUUGGUACUGGUAAACAAAGAUUAAUUGACCUUUAUGGGGAUGACCAUCCAGGAUUUGGAUCUUAUCUUGAGUGCAUGACUCGAGCAAACUUUGCUAGUGUUGCUGGAUUCACCCUUGCAUUUUCUUCUACAUACAUAGGUCAAACCCUUUUGAAGAACAAACUGCCAUAUUCGCCAAAGUUUUCAAUACUGAAUUCGACUGUAAUUGCAACCAUAAUAGCUUACAAAGUUAGCAAGUCUAGAAGUUCUGCCUGCCAGGCGGCGUGGUUAGCUGCUGAAGACAAAGUUACAUAUUUAACAGAACUUGAAAAUGAUAAAAAAACAAGCUAG